AUGGCGGAGUCAAGCUUGCUGGAAGGCAAUGGCCUCCUCGACCUCGACACAGCCGCCACCGCCUCUCUCAUGUCCCAAGCAAAAGCAGACGAGCUUUUCCCAAGCGCGAUGGACCCCUUUCGCGAGCGCCACCUCAACCUCCUGAGCCCAGCUGGCUCGCAAAGUGAAGCGCAAAAGGCGCUCAAUGCAUGGGGCUCGCAGGGAUCUGCGAAGCUGAGCCGUCCGGCUUACACUCAUAGCCCAGAUCGAGGCGAGCCCAUGGACUUCGACGCCGACCUCGAUCUCGACCAGCUGCUCGACGAAGAGAUGCAGCUGAGGCAGGACUCGGCGCAGAUGGAUCAGGCACACAGCUUCGCCAUGUCGACCUCGUUGGGUCAGCCCGAUGAUGACGAGCUUGAAGCUUUCCUCAUGGCAGAAGAAGAGCACAUCGCCUCAACCUCAACUCAACCGCGACAAGGGCGCCCACCUUCGCCACCUCACGAUCUAGAUUCAUCUGUGGCUUCUUCUGCAUCCGACUUCCUCGAGAGCAACGGCUUGCUCGGUGGCUCAUCAUUGCCGAGCUCCCAGCAUUCCAUGGCUCCAGCGUUAAAGUCACAGACAGAACCAAUCGAGCCAUUCCCAACAUCUGCACAAGCACCAUCGUCCAGAGCGAUCGAGGCCAUCUCGGCACUCGACAUGCUCGAGCAAGAGACCGUUCCAGCCGCUGCCACAGAAGACGCCCGACCAGGACCGUCCCGACUGCCUGCUCGCGCAAAGCCUGCGAGCAUCCCCAAGUACAUACCCGCCGGAUUUGUCAACGCGACCACGAUGGAUGGCACUCCGAUCCGCUUUGAACGACGCAGACGCAUGAAAGGCUGGAAGGCGCCGGCGAUCAUGUCGGACGUCGACGCUUCUCAGCUCUUGGAACGACCCAUUCACCAGUUGCUGGAUGCCGUCGAGGCUUUGAAGGCGCUUGAUGUACUGGAACGCGACGAGUCCUUACAACGCGAUUCGCGACGGGCGGUCAAACCCAGCGCAACGAGCGCGUCGAACGCGACGAGGCAGAUGUGGGUGAACAAGCAUCGACCCAACAAGUUCACGGAGCUGCUUGGUGACGAGCGCGUCCAUCGCGAGGUGCUCGGCUGGCUCAAAGAGUGGGACGAGUGCGUCUUCAAGCGCAAAAACCAUCGCAAGGAGCGCCAUCGUCAGUACAUACAGGCCAAGUACGGGUUGCCCGAGAACAGCUUUGGUGGCGACAAGGGCGGCGAGCACAUGUGGAAGGACCCGUUCGGACGACCCAAGGAGCGCAUCAUGAUGAUCUCGGGUCCUCCCGGACUGGGAAAAACCACACUUGCACACGUCAUUGGCGCGCACGCCGGCUACAACGUAUACGAGCUCAAUGCGAGUGACGCCCGCACCGCUGGGGCCGUCGAGGAUGUGAUCAAGAUGGCGCUCGAGUCUGGCAGUCUCAAGGAUCCAAGGCCGACGCUGGUGGUUAUUGACGAGAUCGACGGCGCGACGGGAGGCGGAGGUGGUGCUACGGGCGAGUCUCACGGCUUUGUUCGUGCACUGGUGCGACUUGUUGAGCAGGGCAAGGGUGCGGGCGCCAAAGCGGCCGGUCUUGCCGCUCGUGGCAAGAAGCAGCGGAAGGGCUCCAAACCUCUGCUCCGACCCAUCAUCUGCAUCUGCAACGACCUCUACGCGCCGUCUCUGCGUCCGCUGCGACCCAUGUCAAAGCUGGUUCGCUUCAACAAGCCACCUACCAACCUCGUGGUCAAACGUCUGCGCGAGGUGUGCGAAGCAGAGGACCUCUCGGUCGAAGCUCGUGGGCUGUCGCUCUUGGCCGAGCUGACCAACGGCGAUAUCCGCUCGUGUCUCAACGCGCUUGAGUUUGCAAAGACCAAGAACAUCGCGCUCACUGAAGCGGCGGUCAAGAGCGCUUCCGUCGGCAUCAAGGAUACGGGUGGUACCGUCCACAAGGCCUGGGAGAUGCUCUUCCGCCGGCAGAAUCGCAAGCAGGCUGCUGCUUCGAACAUGAAGGGUGCCAACGCGCACGCUGCCGACGGAGCGGCCUCACCGUGGAACUCGUCUCGCAAGGCAUCUGCGCAGGAUCUCACCUCAGACGGCAAAGAGAAGCAAAAGGACUUUGCGCUGAUCGACACGCCCUCGGAGAACGUCAACCGCAUCGUGCACGAGGUGACGAGCUGCAACGAAUAUGACAAGCUUGCGCUUGGCUGCUUUGAGCAUUACCCGACGCUGCGUGCUGCCGACGGAGGGUGGAAGCGGUACCGUCAGGUGCACGACUGGCUGCACUUUGGGCAGAGCAUUACAAGCCGGGCAUGGUCGCAGGGCAACUUUGAGCUGCUCGGUUUCAUGCCUUGGUCGUUUGUGCCCUGGCAUCUGUGCUUUGCGCAUGUCGGCAAUGCACUCCCCGAGUAUCCCAAGGUGGACUACGAGAACCAUCUCAAGACGAUGGCAUUCAACGAGAUUGCGUCGCAAAUCGUGGCGGUUCUGCCGGCCCAUGUGCGAUCGCAGUUCAACCGGCAGGCGGUGAUCACGGAGCUCGGCCCGUCGCUGAUGCGCAUUCUCACGCCGGAGCUGCGGCCGGUCAACAAUCAGCUCUCGCGAGCCGAGGACAAGCAGGUGUUCGCCUCGCUCGUCGAGAUCAUGACCUCGCUCAACGUCAAGUUUGUGCAGGACAAGAUUUCGGAGGAGGAAGCUGCGGCGACGGGGCAGACGGCCGGUGCGCUGGUGUACAAGCUCGAUCCGCCGCUCGACAUCUUUACCCAGUUCGAGGGCAAGAGGUCGAAGGAGAUCGGUCCGUCGCGCUUUGCGGUGCGACAGCUGGUGGCGAGGGAGAUGGAGCGACGGCUGCUGCGCAGGAAUGCCGGCGUCGAGGCUGGCGAGGAUGAUGCCGGUUCGACGUCCAAGACUGCUACCGCCAUCUAUCGGUCCAAGAGCGAAAGUGCGAACGCCGUGCGCGAUGGCAUCAAGGGCAAGAAGGACAAGAUCGCUGUGGACUUCUUUGGUCGACCCAUCGUGCAGAAGAGCGCGAGUGUGCCUGCGGGCUUGUCCGUCGUUCCAAUUCCAGACGGAAUGGGCGGCAAGAAGAGGAAGGUCUCGGAAGGUCGCUCUUCCAGCACUUCCGACUUGAAGAAGACGACGGACGACCCGAUGGCAGCUGAUGCCGACUCGUCCGCAGCAGCAGCGGCCGAAAAGGUGGAAAGCGAAGACAAGAUCAAGGUCUUCUAUCGCUACCACGAGGGCUUUUCGAACGCUGUCCGACGGCCCAUGAAGAUCUCUUCGCUGUUGUAG